CGCAGAUAGAGAACCAACGCCUCACAACUGUUGUUUCGCGAAUACUCGCGCCGGCGCAUAUACGGGAGCAACGAAUACGACUUUAUUACCGAACGGAUACAUCAUUCAAGAUGAUCAUUCCUGUGCGCUGCUUCUCCUGCGGAAAGGUCAUCGGCGACCUCUGGGAACGCUACCUUCAGAUGAUCGACGAGGGCAUGCCUGACGGCGAUGCCAUAGACGCUCUCAACCUACGCCGCUACUGCUGCCGUCGUAUGGUCCUCACCCACGUCGACCUCAUCGAGAAGCUCCUCAAAUACAACGCCGCAGAGCGCGAGCAACAGCGGGCUAUUCAAAGGCAGAGAUGAUUUGAAACAAGCAUUGAGAAUGGAGGAGUGAUUGAAGGAUGGCGAAGCCCACCGGGGCACUCCUAUAGCAUUUGCGCGGCGUUUAUGGUCUGGUUUACGGAAUGAUGGUGGCGGGAAUAUCUGGUGCGGCUAGGUGUCUGAGGGCCUGUCGCAAUGGAAAGAUUAUUUGGUGCCUUCGAUAUGCUCUGCAACUCUGCAAGAUUUGGUGUGGCCUGGUGCAGCUAUGCGUUUCUCGCGAGCAAAUUCCUUGCUAAUCAUCACCAGAUAAUAAGAAGAUGAGUCCCUUUCGCAUGUCUUGGAGGGCAAAGCAACCUGUAUUCCUCACAAUCUUGAAAAGGACCCAUGGUUUUCCGUCGUCCUCAUAAGAAAUCGUCCAUAAACGGACAGUGUAGGUACACACAUUCCUUACAUAGGCAAUCCAACCCCAG